UUUAGGCCCUAGUCUGCCACGCUGGCCCAAUGUGGAUUGGUAGACUAAAAUAAAUUACAUAAUAACUAUUAAAGUACCUUAUAAAUUGUAGCUCUACCUGAAAUUUUUUAAUAUCAGAAGUGGGAUACGAAUUAUUUAUGGCAAUGGAAACCUAAUAGCAUUUUUGUUACACAGGUCUUGAAAAAACGAGGGACAAUGAAUCUCAACCACGAGCAGCUGCAAGAAAUCUUGAAGAGUAUACGUGACUCGUUAACAUCCAAUCAACGCAGCGAUGACAUCGCGCUGCCUAUUUUUGAUCCUGAGAAAAGCGACAACGGGGCUGAGACCUGGUGCAAAAGCAUCGAGUUACUCGGCACCGAGCUUGGAUGGAGCAGUAUUCAAAAAGCAGCUAAAGCAGGUAAGGCCCUCCGAGGGUCUGCUUUAUCUUGGUUUGAGUCAUGGGAGCCCGAACAAGGUAGAAAUUGGGAGAAUUUUAGCAAAGAUAUUAUUGCAUUAUAUCCUGAAAAGAAAAAUCUUUCGGAAAAAUUAUCAAAGGCUGUAUUGUAUUCGUCGGAUUCAAGUGAUUCGUAUUGUGAUUAUGCAAGAGAAAAGUUAAGACUUUUACAGAGUUGUAAGAUUAAUUUUUCUGAAAAUCAAUUAAUUGAGCUUGUGUGUGGGGGAAUUCGGGAACCAAAUAUUAAAAUAACUUGCCAUAAUACUUCCGUUACUAACACGUCGGAAUUAAUAACUUUGUUUUCUACAUUUUCGAAACAAACAAGAAAACGCCCAUUAGAAAAUAAUGCCGAUAAUAGUGCCGGGCCUAGUAUUCCAAAGCAAGUUAAAACUAAUAAGGACCGUACUUGUUUUUCUUGUGGAAAAUUAGGCCAUAUUUCCUCUCAAUGUUUACAAAGAAAUAAAAAUCUUUCUUCUUCUUCGGACGGUAAAGAAGUUGUAAAAAAGACUAAAAAUCUUUACUGUGUAUUUUGUAGCAAGGAGGGUCAUUCCAUUGAUUUUUGCUUUCACAAAAAACGGAUCGAUAAGGAAACUGCUACAUCAACAACUGAGAUUUUCAAUCCAGAAUCUAAGGAGAUCAUUAAUGUAUUAAUACCAACUAACUCAUGGUUAGAAAUCGCACAACAAAAGGAUGAUGAAACUCAGUCAUUGAUUGAAAAAGUACAGGCGGGCGAAUUGGAUACUAACCAAUACUUAGUUAAAAAUAAUUUAUUAUACUACAAAACUAACUCCGAUGGUAGGGCAAGGUUGUAUGUUCCCAAAGGCAGCAGAUUAAGCAUUUUACGUUUAUUUCACGAUGAAAAUUGUCAUGUAGGUUAUGAUAAAACCUUUCAAAAACUUUCUGAGUCUUUUUGGUUUCCAGGACUAACAAGUUUUAUUAAAAAGUAUCUUUCUCAUUGUUUAGUUUGCACAGAGCGUAAAUCACAUACAGGGCCCAAACAAGGCAUGUUAUACCCAAUAGAAAAAACUCCUAUACCUUUCCAUACGGUACAUUUAGAUUGUACGGGUCCUUUUCAACAAUCUAGUGCCGGCUAUAAAUACAUUCUUAUGAUUAUAGAUGGUUUCACAAAGUAUUGUAUUUUAAAACCAUUGAAGUCAAUGGGUGGUGAUGAAAUGGUCAAUAAUGUGCGAGAAUCGUUAACUCUAUUUAGCACCCCUUCACUAGUCAUUACAGAUCGCGGUACAAACUUUUCAUGUAAACUAUUACAAACAUUGUUUAGAAGUUGGCAAGUUGAACAUCAUAUGAUAACUACUGGCACUCCACGUGCUAACGGUCAAAUAGAGAGGUAUGUCAAAACUAUAAUAGAUAUGUUAACUACGUCAUGUAAUACGUCAGAUUGGCCAAACGGUUUAUGGAAAGUUCAAUUAUCACUCAAUUCAACUAUACAAAAAUCUACUGGUUUUGCUCCUAUUCGUUUAUUGGUUGGGCUUAAUGGUAAUAUACCUUGCAUACAGGCUCGAUUGAAUGAUGUGACUGAUAAUGGUAAUGAUGUACAAAAAGAAUUAGUAGAUGUUCGUGCUGAGCGUUUACUAGCUCACCAACGACUAGUCAAUGUAGCUAGUGAUUUUAAAAAGCGUUUUGAUUUAUCCAGGCGAGAUAAUAUAGUAUAUAACAUUGGGGACGUAGUCUAUGUAAAUCAGGAUCACAGACGGCAUGAUAAAUUAAGAGCCAAAUUCAAAGGUCCAUAUGAAAUUAUCAAUAUUUUGGAAAAUGAUCGAUUUUCUUUAAAAGGGAAAGGAAGUUUAAAGGAUAUUAUAAUUGCCAAGGAAAAGUUAAGACGUUGGCCUGGUGAAUGGAUAGAUCAAAAUGUCUUGGUUGAAGAUUAUAUUGAAAAGUAGUGAAUAAAAAAGUAUGUCGAUGACCAGUGAUAGAUGAUUGUAAUUUUUAGUAAAAAAAUAAAUGCUAUAGCUUUAAAACCACUCGUGUUAAAAGGAUAUUAUAAAAUGUUGCUAUAAAACGAAUGGUGUUAAAGGAUAUUUUAUUAUUUAGUGGUGCUUCAAAAACCAAUGGUAUUCAUGGCUAUUUUCUGGUGCUGCUUGAAAACCAAUGGUGUUUAAGGCCAUGGAGUAUCACAUAUGU